AUGGAAUUUGACAAGGCAAUGGCUAAUACUUCCAGAACCACCAUGAAAAAAGUGCUUCAUACCUACAAAGGAUUUGAGGGAUCGACAUCUUUGGUUGAUGUUGGAGGUGGGACUGGUGCUAGCCUGAACAUGAUCAACAUACUUCAUAACUGGGAUGAUGAACAUUGUUUAAAGCUCCUUACAAAUUGCUGCAACGCUCUGCCCAAAAAUGGAAAGGUGAUCGUGUUAAGCUUGAUUGCACUGGAAGCUCCAGAGACAAGCAUUGCCUCGAA